AUGAUUUACACGGUUCUCACGCGGUUUCUAGAGUCGCGCGCUGCUCUAUCGGUGAAGUCGUUUGAUUAAUCUCCAGUGGAUGCAAAAUGCGCGCGCCGUCGAUCUGAGGAGCUGAUUCUGCUCUCAGGGGAUGUGUUUCUCGGAAGACUCAAAGGAUAAAUUUCCUUAGUGUUUUUCUCUUUAACACAAGUCUCAGAUCUCAAGGAACUUUCCACAAUAUCUGUGUUUUUUCACUUAAAUCGCCAUCAUGGGUGAUGUGAUUUCAACUAACCUUGACGAGGGCAAGCGAGAGAUGAUUACAGCCUGCACCAGUGCUGUGAUGGCAGAGUUUGGGAGGAUUUAUGAGCAGCAGUAUGCCGUGGCUCUGUUCAACAGUGUGCGCUUUGAGAUUGAAGCAGGGGGGAACCCCCAAACACAACUACUACACCGAAAGGAUCCCCUGAAGAACAAGUCCAUCUUCUCAGGAGGACUGUUUCAGUAUCUGGAAGAGAGCAAGAAAUGGAGGAGCCGUUUUUUGUAUGUGGGUGAAUCCUACAACAUUGGCUUGUACGAGAGCAAAGCGGCACAUGAUCGAGGUCUCCACCCAAAAGGGUUCAUAAACUGUGCCGGGUACAGAGCCCUGACCUCUGUGGAGGAAUACCUUGAGCUUCUCAACAACAGCCUGCCUGAUACAAAGGCCAAAGCAGGCAAUGCUCCAUUUCUGAAGUGCCCCACACAGUUUCCCCUCAUCUUGUGGCAUCCGUAUGCACGCCAUCACUACUUCUGCGUCAUGACGGAGAAAGAGCAGCAGAAGUGGCACGCCGUUUUCCAGGACUGUGUGAGACAUACCAACAACGGACUGUCAGAAGAAUGCAAGGUAUCAACACCAGCAUUCACUGACUCCCUGCGGCUGUACAGACAGGCUAAGGGUCACUACGGCACCUGGGACAUGAUGUGUGGAAACCAAGCACAGAUUCUGGCUAACCUCGUGAUGGAAACCUUGCACCCUGAACUGAGGAAUAUGAUUGUACCACGGUUAAAAGGAAAACUUCAACAGAGACAGAAGGACUGGAUGCUGAUCUCUGAUGCAGUGUACAGGCAGGUGCUGGCACAGACAAGAACCCAGCAUGAAGCCCUGGUGCAGGUGUGUGAGGUGGAGCGCCCCCGUCUGGACGCUGCUUUACGUACAGAUAUGGACCAGAUCAUCACCUCCAAAGAGCAUGUUGCUGGAAAGAUUCGUGCUUUUGUGUUGCCCCGUGCUGAGCAGCUUCUGAGGAGCAGUGUUCAGCCCUAUAUCAACUCCAUCCUGGAGGCCCUUAUGGAGCCCACCAGCAGAGGAUUCUCGGAGGUGAGGGACAUCCUCUUCCGUGAGCUGUUGGAAGUCAGCAAGAACACAAUGAACGAUAGCAGCAAGGAGAAACUGGCAGAGCAUAUGGACAGGAUUUCCAUGCUGGCCUUUCACCCGGUGAAGAUGCAGAGCUGUUAUGAGAAGAUGGAUAUGUUGAACCUGGAGGGUCUCCAGCAGAGGUUUGACGUAACAAGCCCGUCUGUGUUCAUCCAAAGAGCUCAGAUCCUUAUGAGACAGCAAAUGGACAAUGCAGUGCAUACAUUUGAACAACUGCUCCACCAAAGUCUAGAUGGCCACAGUGGAGAGGAUACCUGCAAGAUCUUGCAGCGCUGUCAGGACCGAGUGCUGAAAAAAUAUGACUACGACAGCAGCACAGUAAGGAAGAAGUUCUUCAGGGAGGCAUUGCUUCAAAUCAUCAUUCCAUACAUGCUGAAACAGCUCUCACCAUCCUGUUCACCAGAUUUGCCCAAGUUCAAGGAGCUUAUCUUUGAGGACUUCUCUAGAUUCAUACUAGUAGAGAGCAUCUUUGAGGAAGUGGUUCUGCAGUCAGUCACCAAGGACAUCUUGAUGGCUGUAAAGGAGGCUGCGGUCCAGAGAAAGCAUAACCUAUACAGGGACAGUAUGGUACUGACCAGCAGUGACCUCAACCUGCACCAGCUGGGAGAGGACAGCAUCGACUGGGCUGGCCAGUUCGGAGAUGUUAAAGCAGAGAAGCGGGGGGGUGAUGGGGCCAACAGGAAACGCAGGCAGAUAGUCUCUAUGAUCCAUGUAGAAGGGAUGCCUCCACUGCCUUAUGAGUCUUGCCAAGAGGUGCCAGGUGUGGAUGGCAUCCCAGAGGAGAAUGAGGGGCAAGAAGGACAAGAUCUUGCAGCAGAAAAGCCUUCAAAUUUGAUCGAGAACAAGGGGCAGGUAGGACUAGAUCUUGCUGCUGAGAAGUUUCCAAACUCAAUGGAGAACAAGGGGCAGGUCGGACGAGAUCUUGCAGCUAAGACGCCUAUAAAAAUAGUUGAAGAUGUGGCAUUCAAAGAAGAACCAGGGUCUCCUGACAGCAUCGAUGAGAUCCGACACCUCAUCAACCCCGUUGUGGAAGUUGUUGUCCCUGCUUCCUUAAAAGAAGAUUUAGAAGAAGAAGGUUUACAGUUGACCAAUGGAAUUUUGCCUCUGGAGGAGGGUGAUGAGGUGAAGCACAUCACCAUGGUAACAGAGAUGGUGCCAAAGCAAUCGCCAACAAAAAUGGAAGGGCGUACUGAUGAACUUGAUGAACAGACUUUAAAAACAAACCUCUCGGAUGAGCAGCAGAGCUUGUCAGCAAUUGAGAGCGCCAUUCAGCAGAUUGAGAUUGCAGUUCAGGAAGACCCCGGCGAGCACCUAAGUGAAGGUGUCGUUGACUCUGAUGGGGAAUUCACCCAAACAUCAACCAAAUCCAGCCCUCGUCACCAUGAUGACAGUGGCUUUCAGUCUCCAGCCAACAAGAAUGUAGAAGAAGGGAAGCCUCAGCCUAUCACGGAAGGACUGAACGCAGUGGACGCAGAGCAGGUGACGUUUACUCUGGUGGAGGGAGUGAAAACUCCAAGCAUCAAUUUAGACGUCAAAGCUCCUUGUGAUGCUUCAGAUGCAGGAAAGGAAUCAAAAAUUAAAACCACAGAUGACGAUUGUUUGCAGUGAUUGAGAGUUAAACGCAGAAACCAGACCACAUGGAAACAUUAUUUUAUAAAAGGUGCUUGCUGGGACUCUUGUUUAUAUUUUUGUUUCUCAGCAACACUCUUACGAUUGGUAUUUCAGUCAGGCUGGCGUUAUUUUUAUUUUAUUUUAAAUUACCUUUUUUUUAUUAUUAUUAUUAUUCUUUUAGUUAAUUUUGACUUGUUUUGGUAUGCUUAAGCAAUGAGCAAUUUACAUGUGUUUGUUGUGUUCUGUGUGUAUAUAUAGAAUAUUCUCUCAAACAUACAUUUGUAUGUCCUCGUGUCUUUUUUUAAAUUUUACGUUUUUACUCAUGAUUCCCACAGUAAUAAUUAUGUGGCAGAGGGUUCAUAAUAUGAACUAUUAAUGUCCUUUACAGCUCUACAUUUCCUUAUUUCUGUGCAAAUCAUCACAUUUGGUUGCUGGUGGCAUUCCUUCAUCCCUUGACAUCAGUGAGGGUUUUAGUUUCUGUCAUGAGGAGAUUCCUGAGCUAAUGUAGAUGUGUUAAAAUAGACUCCACCUGACUGUACAUGUAUGCAAAGUGGAUUGGCGCAUUAGACAGUAUCUUUGAGUUGUAGAAAACUACAGUGAUAUUUGAUACAGGGCCAGCUGAAUCAUUACAUAAAACUAAAGUCUGUUUUCUUUUCUUUUUAAUUCCGUUUACUGUGGAGAUAUUCAAACACUUAUGAAUGCAGCAUAAUUGAGCACUUAUAAAAUGUGUGAAUGCAUUCCUAAUAAAUUAAAGCAUAUAUUUUUAUUCCUCUAUUACUUUUUGUGAUUUAUAAAGAAAUCCAAAGUGACCUUGCUGCUUUAGAAUGCAUUAAUGCAUAGCAUGCAUAAUACAGAUUGCACUGGACACCUGACCUUUUGUGCCACAGUGUUUUAUAGUUAGCACUGUGACUCGCACUGUGACUCGAGUGCUGUACGUCCUCCACCAGUGUGCAGUACAGCUAGUUAGUUGUUUGCAGAGAGAGAUUCAAGCUUGUUGCAUGUUGUGGAUUGGGGUUAUUGCAGCUGUCAGAUUAAAAAAAUCCUCAAUUUAGAUUUAUAGCAUUCUAUUAAGUAAAUUCACAUCCACAUAUUUGCUUGUUUGAAACAAAGCAUUAUUUUAUUCCCACAGAAGUAUAUUUAUAUAAAUAUAUAUUUUGGGGUUGUAUCUAUUUAUUUUAAGAGUAUGUGAAGUGUGACACUUUCACCCUCUUUUUAUUCUAUUGUAAGAUAGCUGUGAGUAAAAUAAAUGGCAAUACUUUUGAAA